CAUGAUAAUGUUGAUGUCUUUCAGUAUGCCAUACUAUUGACAAUAGUAGCGACAAUAUUGAUGAAGUACACUCUACAUGUCAUUGAUUUACAAAGUGAAAAUCCUUGGGAUAACAAAGCUGUUUAUUUACUCUAUACAGAACUGAUUAUGGGUUUUAUCAAAGCCAUACUGUACGUAUGUUUUGUGGUUAUCAUGGUAAAAGUACACACUUUCCCAUUAUUUGCUAUAAGACCUAUGUAUCUUACUYUAAGAGGAUUCAAAAAGUCACUCAGUGAUGUUAUUAUGUCCAGAAGAGCAAUUGCUAACAUGAAUACAUUAUAUCCUGAUGCAACACCAGAAGAACUAUCCCAAGGAGACAAUGUGUGUAUAAUAUGCAGAGAGGAGAUGACAACAGGUUGCAAGAAGAUUCCUUGUAAUCACAUUUUCCAUGCAAGCUGCCUUAGAUCAUGGUUCCAAAGACAGCAAACAUGUCCAACRUGUCGUAUGGAUGUGCUUCGUCCAAUGCCGAGACCAUCACCUCCACCCACACAGCAACCUGCACAGCCGCAACAACCCAAUGCCCCUCAAAUGAUGCCACCAUUUGGCAUGUUUCCUGGCUGGCCACCAGUACCACCUCCACCAUUCCAACAACCAGGAACAGAAACAACACCAACAACUACUGCAUCAACUGGUGCUACUGCUGGGGAAGCUGGGUUAAUGAACCAGGCUCCACCAUUUAGUAUGCCACCACCAUUUAUGAUGCCACCACCACCACCUUUCAUGAUGCCUCCUCCAAUGUUAGGUAUGCCAUUUUUACCAUCAAAUCCAACCAACACAACUGACCUGUCUGGUUUAAGCGUUGAAGAACUCAAGAAUAUGGARACACAAGAAAGAAAAAAUCUUGAAAGUAGAAUAGCAAUGCUUAGGAAUAUCCAUGCGCUUCUUGAC